GGCGUGCAACAAUCUCGAAUGGACGAAUCAGCGCCGCUGCCCAGGCGUUAAGAUGGCCGCUUGCCUUAGCUGACAGCGAUUCUGCAGACUCUUCCUCUCCGCACCCCUGGCUUUCUCGUGUCCCUUCUUCUCCCUUCUCUCUCUCUCUCUCUCUCUGUCUCUGUCUCUCCCUUUUUCAGCAUCAUCAUGGCCAACGACACCAUCACCUGCUACAGCUACAACGGCGUAGCCUAUGAUAACAACGUAAAAUGCCCCAACUCCGACUCGUGCUGUGCAACGGCUGCCCAAUGUCGCGAUGAUCGGCUUUGCAACUCCAACGACGACCGCGACAUCAUCGUCAGAGCAGUCUGUGUCUAUAAACCGUGGACACUGGCUACCUGUGCUCAAAUCUGUCUCUAUGAUGAUAAGAGAGGCUAUCUUCCCCGCGUCAACGUCUGCUCCGACGGGAGUUAUUGCUGCGACAACGAUACCACCUGCUGCGUUGACAAGGCCGGUUUUUUCCUCACGGACGGCGUGAUCACCGGUCGUGCGAAUGACACAACCACCACUACAUCCUCCGCCACACCAACCACCUCCCUGACCUCCUCUACCUCCCCCGCAUCCGCCACUGCCUCUGCGACAGACACAUCCUCGUCCGGCCUCUCAUCAGGCGGCAAGAUCGGCGUCGGCGUUGGCGUCGCAGUAGGCGGUCUUGCCAUCCUCGCUCUCGCCCUCUUCUGGUUCCUCUGGCGACGACGAAAGAACGCCGCAGCCCCUCCACAGCAACAACCAGACUACACUACCCCUCCGCCACCUGUUCCCGUCCCAGCUGAACAACCAAAGCCGUAUGUCGAGAUGAGCACCAGCCCUGCGGAAACAACCUCAAAUCCUGCCCCGUGGUUUGGGGCGCAUGAGAUUGGAUCAUCCAAGCCUGCGACUCAGCCGGUGGAGUUGUCGAGCUAGAUGGCGUUUCUGCUUUCAGAUUGAGAUACCAAUUUGUUUUUGGCGUGUAUACGAGCGAUGUUUAGUGUUUAUAGUAGCGAUGAUAAUAAUAUAGCAUUGAACGAUGGAUGCCUGUUCU